UGAUUGGUUCUACAUGCUUCGUAACCCUAGGUAACGCGCAGGCGCUUUUAUGGCAUUUAUAAAACCAAGUAUAUAUACCCGGUGAUUUUACAUUUAGUAUUACUCUCUCGUACAUGAAUGCAUGUACCUUUUUGUCCGCCAUCUAUAUUACCAUAAAGUAGGAAUCAUGUAAUAGACUAGUUCACCUGCUUUUAAUGAACAGAUUUCUGAACUUAGUCGAGAUGCGCAAAAAUAAUUACAUUUUGUGGUUGGGUCAGUAAGUUUUUACCACAGCCGUAUACAGAAUGAGUCUCCCGCUAGAAGACAAAAAAACAAGUGCUGCCAAAAGUACCUUUGACAUAAAAUAAUGUUGACCUUCUAUAUUGUGGUCAUGGAUACGUUUAUCAGUAUUUUCUGUGUGUUUUCCAACUAGAAAAUUACUGAGUAAUACACGAAAUAUACAUAUUGAAUAGCUCUUAUCAGAUAAUUUGUAGAGCGUGUAGAGAACAGACCACAAGAUAUAUUCGCUGACGUCACGAAUGUUGUAAAGGCGCUUGCGUGUUGCUCAUGGUUACCAAAUGCGCCUUAACCAAUCCGAUUUAACAUGCGCAGAAUGUAUAAAAACUCGUUGGUGAUGGUUAUCUCUCGUUGAACGAAUGAUAAAACUGAAACGCUCCGUGCUAGCUUCCGUAACAGCACGAUGCAGCUUGAGUUUAUGUUAUUAAUGAAAGUAAUGCAUUUUGAAAUGUUUAAUAUUGAAAUACAUUAGUUAUGUAUGAACACAAAUAUAAAUUAUAAAUAGACACUUUUAAAUUGUACUUUGAUAAGUAUUUAUAUAUUACAUAAAAAAGGUUUAUUAUUCUUGCGAAUGGCGGUUAAAAGAGCACAUCGGUAUGCACGUGCAUUAUUGCGAAAACCAGUGCAACAAACACAACAGAAUAAAGAACAGAAACAAGGGUCUUCGAAUGUAAAAGAUAAAAAAGUAGGUAUCAUUAUCCAAGAAAUUAAAUUUGUUCGCUUGUUAUCAAGCAACGAUAAAAAGGUUCGAGAUAGAGUACUCAAAAAUUUAAGAAAAUGGUUGACAGUUCGAUCGCAAAGUUCUUUUGCAUUUACAAAAUUAAACUUUAUGCGAUUAUGGAAAGGUUUAUUCUAUUGUAUGUGGAUGUCAGAUAAACCAUUAAUUCAGGAAGAAUUAGCAGAAUCUCUUAGCAAAUUGGUGCAUUGUUUCAGUGCUAAAGAUGUAGUAUUAUUAUAUACUACGUGUGCUUUAGAAACAUUAGGCACAGAAUGGUUUGGUAUAGACCAGUAUAGGUUAGAUAAAUUUUCUAUGUUGGUUAGAAGAAUAAUUCGUCAAACUUUUCAAGUAUGUAAGAAUCAGUUGUGGGAUAUGGAAUGGAUAAAAAGUAUUUCUGGUAUCUUUGAAAAUCUUUUGUCAAAUUCAAAAAUAUGUAUUGGUUUUAAAAUGCAUUUAAUAGAGGUGUUCUUCGAAGAACUUGCAAAGAUUAGCGAAGGAAACAUAUCAGAAGAUGUAGUCACAGAAUUCAUAAAAUCAUUUGUUAUGUACUUUGUAGUCAUGGACGAUGCAAGACAGAUUAAACAUGUCAUGAAACAUAUUUUUAGAUAUUUAAUUUUUCAAUCAGAUACUGGCAUGGACUAUAUGGAAAAAUUUCAAGCUUGGAAAGCUGCAGGAUUUCCUACUGGUUCAAUAGAUGUUAUGGAUAAAAUUGAAGUAUCUGAUGAAGAAAGAGAAGAUGAUGAUGAUAUUGUAGAAAAAGAGGAGUCGUCUGAAAAUCAAAUUCAAUCUAAUACAAAAAAGCCUUUAGAUCCAAGAGCUGGUAGAGUAGAUGUUGAACUACCACAAAUACCUUUUAAUCCCAAAAAGAUUGCUGAAUUAUUAUCCCAGUAUAAAUUUCAUCCUUCAUCGACAGCAAACUCGCGUAGGCAAUUGCGGCGUCUAAUAAACGAAUUUACAGAAUUAUCAGAAGGUAAAAUGCCAGUGGGGGUAAAGGAAAUAGUUCUUCCUGAAGUAAAAAAGAAAGAUACAGAUACAAAAUUAGCUGCAAAACGUUUGAUAGAAUUUGAACAAGAAUUAUAUUCUGAUAAGGUUCCAAAAUUUAAGAGGAAACGCAAUGAACAACUCCUACAAGAUGAAAUAGAUAAAUCUGACGAAGAAGAAUUAGAAAAUAUGAACACUGAAGAUUGUACUACAGAAACAAAUGGUGAAAUUGUAAAAAAGAAGAGGAAGGUAGACUCUAAAAUAAGUAAUACUAAUAAUUUAACACAUAAAGGUGCACAAGUAUCAAAUGAAGAUGAUCUUGAUUUAAAGAAUGCAAAAUCUAAUGGAACAGAGGUGAUUAAAAAAAGUAAUAAUUGGAAAUCAAAGAAAGAAUUGCCACCUGUCGUUAAGAAUACUAAUAAAUGUAAAAAGGUAAAAUCAAAAGGAAAUAAAACAACUGGUACAGGUAUUUUAAAUAUUGUUACACCAGUUAAAAGGAAAAAAUUAACAAAGUUUACAAUUAGUGACAAGUGGGAUGUUUCUGAUAAUAUAGAUUCAUCUACACAAUCGCCAAUAAGUAAUGAUACUAAAGAAUCACAUACAAGAGUUGUUGAAAAAUUAAUUACAAAUGAUGUAAAUGAUAUACGUACUGGAAAAAGUAAUAUAUUGAACAAACAACCAAUGUGGUUAGUACCUGUAUUAAAAAAAUUAGAACUUGAAACAAAUAAAACACCAACCUUGAAGACGCAACAUAAAAUAAAUACCAAUUCAAGUUCUAAAAAACGAGUAAAAAUUGCUCUUCAACGCAAUACUGCUCAACAUACAUCUGAAUAUAUGUUGCAAGUUCAAAAAAGUCCAGGUAUACCAUUUGAUGCUAAUAGAAAACCAAGUGCAGGAGUAUUAAAAGCAAGUCCUAUGUCAAGCCCCAUUAAUCCAUUUUAUAAAAGGCAGGUUAUUUAAAAUAUCUGGUAACAUAAACAGUGAAUAAUAUAACUAUUUGUGACUAAAGUAAAUAAAUAAAACAAAUUACAAAACAAAUGCUUUUUCUUAUACUGUUUGAUGAAUUGGUGUACUUUUAUCCUAAUGUUAUAUACAAACUGAAAAUUAUACA